AUGUCGGUUCCUCUUCAGAAUAGUGCUACUGUGAGAUCUAUUAUGAGAAAGCCUUCAAUAAUUCUGUAUGUCGUUAUGUCAUCGGAGGCGGAGGGAAACGAUGAUUCCAUACAACGUCUACUCAACGAUACAGGGAGGACAAAUAGUCUACCUCUGACUGGUCAUAUUUUUUUCCAACCACCACGAACGCCUAAACACCCAUGGGGUACCGUGGGGCUAUGGGGGAAAGGGAGGGGGCACACGGAGUCAGGGGCCGUCUACCACCUACCACCGUAUGUCCCGGACAUGAAUGGGAGAUAUUUCCUCGGGUAUUUCACAACCAUCAGAAGUACACCAAAUGCAACUUCUCUUAUUUUAGGAAAAAAAGUAGUCGUUAAGUGGCAGUUAAAUUAUGUCAAUGAUAUUAAGUUUACUCAAAUUGUACGAGGCUCGUUUGCAACUAUGAGCUAUUCUAUGCUGAUAUAUCCAGCGAUAUCCGGUUUAUUUUGCACGUCCAUGCCUUUACGAGAAGACCAACUAGAAUUUCCUGCGAAGAAGUUAACGACAUAUGCUAUAUUUAGCCAGCAUGUUGGUCGUAAUGCUAGAAAUGCUACCAGGGACCACAGUAAAUUAAAGAUAGACGUCCUGCUACAAAUAGACAGUGAUCGUGCCCCAGCCGCUGAUAAAUGUGAGACUAGCGUCAAGGCUUGUGACUUUCCUUCGAAGGUCUGGCUGAUUCCAGAUCAACUUCUAAUAGUUCUGUUAUUAGUUUUAGUACUGAUGUUCGUGGUAAGUCCUGAUCGAAAUGUUAAUAAGCUGCAAGGUCGUAUUUUUCUCGACAUGAUGAAUUGCUCGAAAAAUGCCUUGUGCCAGGAUAUCGCUGAAAAUCACUAUCAAGACGCUAGCAAACAUCCAACGCAUGCUAUGUAUGGUAUUAGUAAGAUUCAACUGAAAAAUAUUUGUCUUGUUGCCCAGCUGUGCUGCCAAUUCUGA